AUGUUCCGGCUUGCCUUCGCAGUUCUCAUCACCGUGGCCAGCUCUCGGCGAGCUGGUGAGAUCGAAAUGACCCUGCAGCCAGAAGAGUGCCAAGCCGUGGAUUCCACCAAGGAGUACUUCGAUGGGCUGCGGGACAAGUACCAGAUCCAGGAGUGUACGAAGAGGGACGUGUGCCUGCUGAUGCGCCAGCUGGAUGCCUACUUCUACACUCGUGCUCGGCAGGGGAAGCUGGUGACGUACGAUUCGCCCCCGCAGAGGAGCUGGCUGCUUGACGGGCGCUGCGAGAAGAACGCCCGCUCCAUCAAGAUGGCUCCCGUCACCAAGCUUCCUGCCUGCAAAGCCGCGGCCCGUGCCAAGGGCAUUCGGAAGGUGAAGGUCGUCAACAGCACCACUCUUCCCACAGGCUGCUCUAUCAAGACCCAGAGCACUUCUAAAGCUUACCUCAACGAGUUGGAGACGAAAGUAGAAGCGGGCUCGACCUACAGUCAGGGCGAGCACUGGUCUCAAACCAACAAGAAAGAGAUCGCCCAGUACUGCGAGGUGGAUCAGUCCUUGAGCGAGGCAGCCGCAUCCUACUACUCGCCCUACAAGCUCAAGCAGAGCAUGAAGGAGAGGCCGGAGAAGUCGGCAAGCUGUUCCUUCGGCAUGAUGGCGAACCUGUCGAGGCUUGAACUGACAGCCAGCCCCUGUGCUGAGAUCUUGUCUUUCCAGCCCCAGCACACCACAUCCUACGGUGGAGCUGCUGCAGCUCUGAAGGCAGCAGAGAAGCUGCAGGCAGAGGGCAGGGAGCAAGAGGCGGAUGACAUCCGCACCGAGGUGCAGAAUAUUCGCAACAAGUUCAUUUUGAUUCAGCUCAUCACAACGGAUUGGUGCCCGUCCAUUUGGAAGGAAGCCAUGUCCGAAGUCGGGGCGGAGUACCUGGUUCGGGGCAUCGGCGGCGAGACGAAGGAGGCACUCAUGGAGUCCCGCACUCCGAAGAUGGGCCUUGCCGAGGGCACUUGCGAAGGCAUCUCGGAUGUGGUCUUGGACGAUGUCCUGGACGAUGUGUCGGACUCCACCCCACCCGACUUCUUCGCCAAGGCCACUGUCUAA